GGGUUGGGCUGACAGGGUGGUAUCUUGCUCCCUUCGCCCACCGCGUUGGCUCCCUAUAAAACCUGGACCCCGGCGGUCAACCGGUCACUACUGCCCGCGCGGUCCAUCAAGGCCCCACAUUUUGCAAUCAGCCACUCGGUGUCGUGACCUGUCCAGAAAUCAGCCAUGUGUGACGACGAGGAGACCACCGCACUCGUGUGCGACAACGGCUCGGGUCUGUGCAAGGCCGGGUUCGCCGGAGACGAUGCCCCCCGCGCCGUCUUCCCCUCCAUCGUGGGCCGGCCCCGCCACCAGGGUGUGAUGGUGGGUAUGGGUCAGAAGGACUCGUACGUGGGUGACGAGGCGCAGAGCAAGCGUGGUAUCCUCACCCUCAAGUACCCCAUCGAGCACGGCAUCAUCACCAACUGGGACGACAUGGAGAAGAUCUGGCACCACACCUUCUACAACGAGCUGCGCGUGGCCCCCGAGGAGCACCCCACCCUGCUCACAGAGGCCCCCCUCAACCCCAAAGCCAAUCGUGAAAAGAUGACCCAGAUCAUGUUUGAGACCUUCAACGUGCCCGCCAUGUACGUGGCUAUCCAGGCCGUGCUGUCCCUGUACGCGUCCGGCCGUACCACCGGUAUCGUGCUGGACUCCGGUGACGGUGUAACCCACAACGUGCCGAUCUACGAGGGUUACGCGCUGCCCCACGCCAUCAUGCGCCUUGACCUGGCCGGUCGCGACCUCACCGACUACCUGAUGAAGAUCCUGACUGAGCGCGGAUACUCUUUCGUUACCACCGCCGAGCGUGAGAUCGUGCGUGACAUCAAGGAGAAGCUGUGCUACGUGGCCCUGGACUUCGAGAACGAGAUGGCGACCGCCGCCACCUCCUCUUCCCUGGAGAAGAGCUACGAGCUUCCCGACGGGCAGGUCAUCACCAUCGGCAACGAGCGCUUCCGCUGCCCGGAGACGCUCUUCCAGCCCUCAUUCAUCGGCAUGGAGUCCGCGGGUAUCCAUGAGACCACCUACAACUCCAUCAUGAAGUGCGACAUCGACAUCCGCAAGGACCUGUACGCCAACAACGUGCUGUCCGGUGGCACCACCAUGUACCCGGGUAUCGCUGACCGCAUGCAGAAGGAGAUCACCGCCCUGGCGCCCAGCACCAUGAAGAUCAAGAUCAUCGCUCCUCCCGAGCGCAAGUACUCCGUCUGGAUCGGAGGCUCCAUCCUGGCGUCGCUGUCCACCUUCCAGCAGAUGUGGAUCACCAAGCAGGAGUACGACGAGGCGGGUCCAUCCAUCGUCCAUCGCAAGUGCUUCUAAAGGAAUCGAACCCAGACCUUUGCUCCUUGGGGGUUGCAGGCGGCUAGCCGUGUGCGUUCCUCUCAUCCGUGUGUGUGUGCGCGUUCUCUCGCCGCUGUACGUGCAUGCGUGCAUGCAUUCACUCAUCCAUUGCUUCUCCACGUGCAUUUAUGUGUGUGUCAUACGUUAUACACUACACACACAUAUAUUAUGUGUGUGAUAUACAGAAUGGUGGUGUACUUAUGUACAUCUGCCCAUAUAUAAUAUAUGCAUAGGGACCUUUGUAAUAUAUACCUCUCAGCAUACAUAUGUGUGCGUGUAGUGUUUCAAUUAUGUGAUUCCAGGGAGAGACACCUUUCCCUAAAUUAUAAUGUACUAUAGCACAAAGAGAUCUUGGGAAAGACAUCUUCCCAUAUGCAUAAAUAGUAUAUCUUGUGUAUACGUAGAAAUCUGAAUACAGGUGCUUUCAUAGAUGUAUACACACACAUAAAUACACCUCUUAACUUGGAGGCAGCUGUAUGUAUGUACGCGGAGAGAGAUAUUUUACACGAUGUACACACACACAUUGGCACACAGAGAUAUCUGAUAUCUGAGCUAUGUGUAUUCGUUGCCGAUGAGAGCCACGUGUCAGACUCAUCGGCAUCGUCACCUACACGGCCGCCACCACGCCUGCUCCUCCCCAUUGCAGUAAAGGUUGCGGUGUCAAAACAACAUCGUUUAAAACGACAUAGAAAGCAUAAAAAAACAGCAACAGAGAUUAAAAACAUCAAUCUCUAGACAACAUCGUAACGUAUCCACGCGUGGAGGAAAAAAACGAAUCAAGCGAAAACUUCAGGUGAACUGAUAACUACGACGACGUUGAUGACAAUAAAAUAAUUAUUAAUCAUCACGAUCAGUGUCAUCACUCUUUGGGGACAUCGUCAACAACGACUUAUACAUGCGCGCUGCGCUGUGCUGUACCACACACCCACAACGCACACGCGUCACAUCUACAGACUCAAUGCUGUUGAGCUGCAGGUGCUAUGUAAAAAAUUAAUAAUAUAAGCAGCAGUCCACGCUAUAUGCGACGAGAUACCUAUGCUUGACCCCAUCGUUGUGUGGUCGGGUAUAUGAGUUUUCCACGCUGAGUCCAAGAGCGUGUUUAAUUGUUCAAUGUGGCCGAGAUGCAUCACCAAGGGCUGCCGGUAACUGUUAUAACAGAGGACCCGAAAUGUUCAAGUUGUCGAGCGCGGGGCUGCGACAGAACGCGGUGUAGGGUUCUGCAAAUAAACCCGACCUUCUGGUUACAA